AUGUCACUUUUGCAAGUUUAUGAUGUGAUUGUUCAUGAAAUCUACGAGGAUAGCGGGAAAGAUGAGUUAUCGCAAAAUCACAUCGUUGGUUCCACUUCAGAGCCGCAAUGUUCUAAUGCCUCCCAAGUGAGUCAUGUCGGUCAGCUGCCGUAUUCCUAUCUGAAUGGCGGUGUUUUGUCACAUGCUACCACAGCUUCCUGCUCUGAGGAGUCACGGAACACAUUUAUUCCUCCACUGUUCGACGAUGACGAUGACUUGACGAUGGAUGUUGUUAGCCGAGUUCGGCUUGUUCAAUUUCAAAAAGAUACCGACGAACCGAUGGGGAUAACUCUUAAGGUGACUGAAGACGGUCGCUGUUUGGUGGCACGAAUAAUGCACGGCGGAAUGAUUCAUCGUCAAGCUACUCUGCACGUCGGAGAUGAAAUAAGGGAAAUGAAUGGUGUUACUGUUUGCAAUCAGAGUGUCGAAACUCUUCAACGUAUGUUGCGAGAUGCUCGGGGGCCUGUGACGUUCAAAAUAAUUCCUUCUUGUCGCAGUGCACCACCACCUUGUGAAAUUUUUGUGCGAGCUCAGUACGAUUAUGAUCCAACUCAAGACGAUCUAAUUCCGUGUCAACAGGCUGGAAUUCCGUUCAGGACUGGCGAUAUUUUACAGAUCAUGUCGAAGGAUGACCAUAAUUGGUGGCAAGCUCGGUUUGUUUGUCCAUUUCCAGCUAUUGGUAAUAUACAGUCAAAUUCGCAUGGUACAACAGUCACAGCCGGUCUAAUUCCAUCUCCAGAAUUACAGGAAUGGCGAACAGCAUGCGUGGCUAUGGAACGAGCGAAAGAAAACACUCAUUGUAUGUGGUUCAACAAAAAGAAGAAAUACUAUACUACAAAAUACUUACAAAAGCAUUCAGCACUGUUUGAUCAAUUGGAUCUUGUUAGCUACGAGGAGGUAGUACGACUGACAACAUACAGGAGAAAGACAUUAGUGUUACUGGGAGCUCAUGGUGUUGGAAGACGUCAUAUAAAGAAUACGCUGAUUCAUCGACAUCCUCAAAGAUUCGCUUAUCCUAUUCCACAUACAACUCGGCAACCACGCAAAGAUGAAGUUGAUGGUAAACAUUAUUUUUUCGUAUCGACUGACAGCAUGUUAGCAGAUAUACAAGCUAAUGAAUAUCUGGAAUAUGGAAGACAUGAAGAAUGUAUGUACGGCACGAAAUUAGAGACUAUUAGGAAUAUUCACAGGACUGGAAAAAUGGCUAUACUUGAUGUUGAACCUCAGGCACUGAAAAUGUUACGAACUGCUGAAUAUUCACCGUUUGUAGUAUUUAUCGGAGCACCAAACCUUCAAGGCUUGGAUGAUCCGGAUGGCAGUCUAGAAAUUUUGGCUCGAGAAAGCGAGAUUAUUCGUCAAGCUUACGGUCACCUGUUUGAUUUUGUAAUCGUUAACAACGACAUGGAGGAAACAAUUAGACAGUUGGAGAUUGUCGUUGAAAAGCUCCAUGCCUGUCCGCAGUGGAUUCCAGUGUCUUGGGUUUAUUGA